UCUAGUCAUCUCUCUCUCUCUCUCUCAGAAAGCAGCAAUCUUGGUGUUACCAUAAAGCCUUGAAAACCCCAAUCUGUCUCUCUUCCUUUCUCUUCUGUUGUAGUUCCUUUUGCUAUCCAGGCAACCAUGAUCAUGUUCAAGAAAAUAACAUCUGGGUUUCACUCUCUUCCUUGCCUCUCAUGAGAGAGAGAGAGAGAGAGAGAGAGAGAGAUUUGUCUGAAGUUGAGCUUCUAAUGGGUGGUGGGGAAGACAGGUGGGAGGUAGUGCCACCAGUGGUGGCUCCGUUAAACGGAGAGAGAGAGGAGUGGAGGCACUUCUACAACUCUGUUAAUGCGGUGUCGUUUGGCCUCGUGGCCACUGCCAUUCUCAUAUCAAUGUUCCUCGUUAUGGCCAUCUUUGAGAGGUUUCAGAGGGCCACUUCAGCACCUUCCGGUGAAAGGCCACGUUCGGAUCUCGAGGCUCAGAUGAGUUUCACCGGAAAACUUGAUUACCCAUCUCCAAAAAUGACAGUGUAUGCCAAAGGGGUAUCAGUUUUGAUGCCUGGGGAGGAAAUUCCUACUUUCAUUGCACACCUUGCUCCUACACCAUCAUGCCCUCCUGAGCACAUCUCACCUCAUCAACAAAACUCAUCCUUCAAUCCCUCCCAAGGAUCAUUAUCAAGCUAAAUCCUAAUGUGACUUGAAUAUAAGGCAGCUAAUAAGUAGCACAUUAGGGGAUUUUCAUAUAUAAUACCUGGAAUCAAGCUUGGUUUCCCAUGCAAAUUCUGAACCUCAUUGGCUCAGUCAAAUGGAAGACUAAGAUAGGAGGGUUUCAUCACAAAUGUGACUAUUUAGAUCAGAAAUUAAGCAGGCUUUGCUUCUCUAAACGAUGAUUAUUAUAUAGACAAAGCCUGAUUUCCAAAUGAUAUCUCCAUAAUAGAUAUUUGGUUUGUGAUUAUAGCCUUCUAGAUGGACUUAUAAACACAAUUUCGCAUAAAGAUUAGUAUAUUAAGUUAAC